UACGAUGAAACAUUAAAACCUUCGUAUAUAAGUGUAGAUCUAUCGGAAGUUGAACUCGCAGAAUAUGAUGGCCCUUCAGCCUCUCCGAACAAUUCGCUGUUGCUUGAUCUGAGACGCGAUAUGAUCGAUCAAAAGGAAGGCGAGACGGACUUCACAAUCAAAAUACAUUAUGAUGAUAUGAAAAGAGUUACAAUUAGACGGCAUAAUUAUUUUUACAAACCGAUCGAGGGUACACCGUUUUCCUUAGGCUUGGCUCUACCCGAAGGUUAUGGCAUGUUCGAAUUACGAGCCGAGCAAGAAAUUAAGCUCGCUAUCGUAAAUGUAACGGAGUAUUUUAAGGGGAGCAAUUGGAAGGUGCAUCCUGAUUGGGUUUACUGCGAAUAUAAUUCGGCUUCCGAUAAAUUCUUUUCCUCCCCGGAAGAACGCGUCCUGCACUUCCUAGCACGGACGCGCAGACCGGGAUGGAAAUGGAUGUCCUUGAGACCAAGGAGUCCUAGCUCGCAUCACAAGCAAGCGAGCAAGCCAGAUAAAGACUCUUAUUAUUGUGACAAGAAAUUAGUGCAAUCACUUGUCUUAGAUGCUCUGGUAACAGAUGGAUUCGAUAAGAGAGAAGCGCAAAGAAUGCACAAGGAGGAGAACGAAAAUCAGGGCAAGGGUAGAUUCGGCGUCACCAGGAGCUUCAUCGCGACCAGGAGCGGACUCCUGCGAUGGCACGAACAUCAACAGAAUGACGGAAACACCGAGGAACCGCGGUUCGCUGAAAGACAUGCAAGAGCCAUGGAUUCAUCGUGGUACAAACGUGCAGUAGAUCAACAUUCCAUAGAACCGGAAAGCUUCGUUUUCAGCGUACCAUUUGACGCAGCUGAUACGACCGAUCCACUCGUCACCGCCACCCAUGCUGUAUUCAUCGGAAAAGGUCACAAAGCUCCAGCAGUGGUAGUAGGUUUGCAAUUCCAACACUCAUCUUUGGCAACCCAUUUUGUGAACAUUACUUCGACAUGUACCGGAAUGACAGGAUGUAAAAAGAAUUGCGCUUCGGAGGAGCUCGAUUGUUACAUUCUAGAUAACAAUGGAUUUAUUAUUAUAAGUGAACGUCAUGAGCAUACCGGAAAAUUCUUCGGCGAGAUAGACGGAACUAUAAUGGAUUCCUUGGUGCAAGAUAGGAUAUAUAGAAAAGUGACCGUCAUUGAUUAUCAAGGAACUUGCAGUCCUCAAGAAUCUCAUCAAUCAUCAGCACCGCGAACUCUGUCUGAUUCUAUCAUAAUGACAGCGGUGGCAUUUGGCAACUUUCUUUGGACUUUGACUUUGAGUUUUAAUAUUCAAGACUUAUGGCAGACGACAUUGGCGCUUGCUAACGACGUAAUGAAUGACGACUUAGUAUUCACCGAUGAUGAGGAGACACACGAAUUCGAAUCGUUGACGCCUGCCGACUCGACAGAUGAAGUAACAUCGGAUGGGAAUAACGUAUAUGUGAGAUUUCCAGUAAUCGCGCCAGCGACACCAGUUUCGCCGCCAACUACACGGGCCACUUCCGCUCAUUAUCCAAGAAAAUUACGUGCUUGCGAAAAGAAAACAGAUUUGUAUAUUCUACAACCCGAGCGCCUCAACACCAGCGGCCAAAGCAAUCCUCUGAAAGGAAAGCUCACCAAUUGCCAUAUAACAGGAUGCGAAAGACCGUUUAGCGUCCAAAAGAUCCGUCACACCAAUCUGAUAUUGCUGGUGGUCGACACGUUGUGCCCAUGCGGCAGUAAACAGCUGAGCAUUGAACCCAUCGAGGCAUUAACCGAACCUGGGGCAUGUACAGCAAGAAGAGAACGUCUGUAUCGACGAAGACCACCAAAAUGUAUAAACUAUCACCCUGAAGAGAUGGAGAUCAAAUUUUGCGGUAGCGCCAGCCGUCUUUUUAACUACUCGUUGAAUUUUAUGUUUCUCUUAUUCGUUAUUACAGUGCGGCUUGCGUGACUUUGUCGGGAUUAAUUAAUCGCGCGUAUCCGAUGUGCAUACAGACAAACACACAUACAUAAACAUACACAUGUUACAAAUUACAUUUUUUAAAUGGAUUUAGCGUUGUCGUUUCUAUGGAACAGUUAUAAAGAAGAAAAAAACAGUGUACUAAGUUUACAGAUUAUUACUAUUUGACACAAGGAUGGUAAAAUAUAUGUAUAUUAUACAUACAAAUGACACAUAGUGUGUAACGAUAUAUAUGUGUGUGUGUAUAUAUUUACACAUACACGCACGCACACAAUAUACAGGGUGUUUCCAAAAAGUGACAAAUUUAAAUAGAUAAAUCAAGUUAUGAACUUUGUUAAGUAACUUAUG